GCCUAGCAUUGUGCAAUAGGCUUUACUGCUUACGUUAUUUUUGUGUGCCAUAAGUCUUUUUCUGUGUAUUUCUGACAUUGGAUUAAAAAAAACCCGAAAGUGGAGCCUGACAACAAUUAUCUUUCAUUUCAUUAGGAAAAAAAUAAAAAUAAUUUAACUAAAUCAUAAAAGAAAGAUCAUAAAAGAGAGAUAUCUUUAUUUUAUAGAAGAUUAGUUGACGCUGUGUCUAAAAGUGAUAUCUAAAGUUGAAGACAUUGGAUUCCAUAUGCAAAAUUAAUUCUCUAGUGUCUUAUAAAUUAUCUUGAAUAAUAAAAUGGAUUUUGGCACUUUGAUAAAUGUUGCACAGAAAAAUGAAACGAAAAAACAAACCGUUCCAUGCUAUCAAACAAAAUUUACACCACCGAAAAAACAAACUAAACAUUCUAAAACUCUUUCCGAUAAUAUCAAGAAAUUUCUCGCUCGAAAGGAAGAAGAGGAGAGACAGAAAGCCUUAGAAGAGAAAAGAAAGAAAGAAAAUCUCCUAGCUUUACGGGAUUCUAAAGCUCAAAGUCGGAUAAAUAAACACUUGAAAGUAUGUAAAGCAGCAAAUAAGUCAGUGAUUGCGGAUGCCAUUGAUAGCGAAAAUACAGCUAUUACUAUAGCAGGUUAUGUAAUAUAUACGAGCAAUAUAAUGCAUUAAUUAUCCAUCAUCCCAAAUUGAUGCAGAACAAUUUCAUGGAUUUGUACAGCGAUGGAUACUAAGGCAUUGAUUAAGGUCAGCCAUCUAAUUUUAGAGUAGUCUAGAGAAUUUACAAGAAUGAAGUUUGCGCUAUAAUUACUGCUAUUUUUAUCAUAAACUACAUUUACACGUCAUUCUUAAUCAAGUUUAAUAACAUUCAUAGUUUUAAAGCUGACCAAUGAUUAUUCCUCUGAAGAAUGGAAUAACCAUGAUUGACCAGUUUUAGCAGUUUUAUGAAUGUUAUUAAGCUGAUUAAUGGUGAUGUGUAAACGCAGUCAUAUUUGUGAGAUUUCUUUAAAAACAAUAUAGAGGUGUAAUUUUAUUUAUACUUAUCCAUUAUUAAUGCAAAUCACAUAUGCAUGAUGCUUCAUUAUUAUAUCAUUUCUCUCUUCUUUUGUCU